AUGUCCGAGCGUCACGGGGAAGGAAAUGACGAUAAUGAGACGAGUUCCGCGUCUACGGUGCCGCAGGGACGUCGGGCGCGAGCGAGGGCGGAGUCUGACGGCGACAGUGGCCAACCCGUUGUGCCUCGCAGAAGAGUGGAGGAAACGCGGCGACCACAGUGGGGCCUUUUCAGUUGGGUGGAAGAUGUACUGCUGGGGGGAGAGGCCCGCGGCAAUUACAUGAAGCUGAAUGAUUUUCUUCGGAGGCAUAUCGGCCCCAGCGCAGUUGUCGAUGAAAGAUACAAUGUGACGAUGGAAGUAUUUUUAGUGGAGCCCAAGACUUACGUACAGGAUCAGAAGCUGCUUGAAGAAAUUUUUAAUUUGACAGAUUAUCAAGUGCUGCAAGAGAUGCGCGGACUUCGACGGGAUACGUACAAUGUUUCUCAAAUGGGUGUGCGCUCUCUCAAACAGUGGAGGGACUUUGAACGGAAGGAUAUGGUCAGUCCUCUUGCAAGGAGAGAACUCGAUGCGGCACUUAGAGGGGUGCUGAAAGAGGAAAAGAUACAGAUGUCGGAGGGAUUUUACGAUUCUUUGUACAAUGCGAGGUGGCAUCACGUGGUGGAAGUUCCUGACGGCGAGGGGAUGGGAAUGGAAGUGAGGGAGGGGAAACCACAGCAGUCAUGGACGUACAAGGCAGUUGGCCGAACUCUUGAAAGGGAUGACAGCGUGGAGCAAUCCGGUGCACCACGUCUGAGGCUGAUGGUGCUCACCUCGGACAAGGCAUGGCCGUACUCGUGGCCGUUGGGGCCGUCCAUUCUUGACUGCUAUGUGAACUGUGAGGUGGAUCGAGUGUGGCAGACCGUCAAGGGCGAUCUGACCGAAUGGUUCAGCACUCGCGGUGAGAAAAACUUUACACCCGGGCGGCGUGUGUUGAUUGGGAUGCCCGGGAUUGGGAAGUCGAUGGCCGCCGGUUCGUACCUCCUCUACCAGCUGCUGCACUACGAUGCGGAGAAACUCCCUGUGGUUGCGUACAGUGUUGCGGAACAAACAUUUCUGUUUGACAAGAUCACCAAAACGGCGCUACAUUACGUUGGUGAAAGCACGUUUUUGAGGGUUGUGGAGGAAUUUUCUGGGCGUGGGAUGAGGGGGUAUUUCAUCCACAACGUGGCCGAGCCUAUUCAUGAACCGUCUUUCCGUUUGCUUCCCAGGGGAUGGUGCAUGAUUGUGGUGACGCCGCCGGAAGAGAGUGCCCGCAGAGGAUGCAAGAAGCAGUUGAGGGGCAGGCAGAUCAUAAUGAAUUGCCCACAGGAGAGCGAUGUGAAGGCAAUGUGCGUGUGGAAGAAGCGCGAUCAGCCAGCUGAGGCGCAGGUGGAAUACUGGCAGGAGGUAAGAGGCUACAUGGAUGGGAUGGGAUCCGUCCUCCGCGACCUGUUCAGUGAGAGAGAUGCUAAUGCACGCCUUUCCGCUGCGAGGGAGCCGUGGAAUGGAUUGCCCCAUCAAAUGCUCAUGAACACGUUGGCGUGA